AAACAAUGGUCCUCAAGAAAUUUCCAAAACCCAGAUCAAACCCACCUUCCUUCCCCCUCCCUCCUCCGCCUCCCACCACCACCCUCCAUCCUCCGCCUCCCUCCCCCCCAACCACCCCACCCCUCCCCACCCACUCUCUCUCUCACACCACCCCCACCCAAUCCCAACUCACCCACUUCCUCCAAUCCCACCUCCCCCCCUCCCCCCUCACCCCCAACCACCUCCUCUCCUUCCUCAAAACCCACCUCCACCACCACCCCAAAUUCACCCACCUCGACCUCCAUGUCUUCCGCCACGCCGCGUCCCUCGACGCCUUCCGCCACCACCACUCCACCUUCGAGUGGAUGGCCAGAACCCUCGCCGCCACCGACCGCCUCGAUGACGUCCUCCCUCUCCUCCAAUUCAUGGUCUCCAACCCCUGCCCGUGCGCUGACGGUAUUUUCUCAUGCCCUAGAACUGAACCCAUUUUCCUCUGCGCCAUUAGUUCGUUUUGUAGGGUUGGUAGAUAUGAUGAUGCUUUGGUUUGCUUUGAUUAUAUGCGUAAAUUGAUUGAUGGGUUGCCUAGUGUUGCUGUGUACAAUGUCUUGAUUCAUAGUUAUGUUAAGUGUGGAGAACAUGAAAAGGCUUUGGAGUUUUACGAUAGGAUGAUUCAGGAUCGGGUUAAGCCGGACGUGUUUACGUUUAACAUCUUGAUUAAUGGUUAUUGUCGGAAUUCGCAAUUCGGGCUAGCUUUGGAGAUGUUUAAAGAGAUGAGGAUCAAGGGUUGUGCACCGAAUGUCGUCAGCUUUAAUACUUUGAUUCAGGGGUUUUUUAGGGAGAGGAAGUUUGAAGAAGGAAUCGGGAUGGCGUUUGAGAUGAUUGAGUUGGGGUGUGAGUUUUCGACCGUCACCUGUGAUAUUUUGAUUGGUGGACUUUGUAGAGCGGGUAGGGUUUUGGAGGCUUGCAAUCUCUUGAUUGAUUUCUCAAGGAAAGGAGUAAUGCCUAAGGGGUUUGAUUGUUUUGGUAUAAUUGAGAGGCUAUGUAAGGAUGGGAGUACAGGGAGAGCGGUGGAGGUAAUGGAUGAGCUAUGGAGGAAAGGGAAUGCUCCUAGUUUGGUUGCUUGUACAACUUUGAUUGAAGGCUUACGGAGAUUGGGUAAAACUGAAGAAGCAGUUAUGUUGAUGGAGAAGAUGCUAAAAGAGAGUAUUCUUCCGGAUAGUGUGACUUAUAAUUGUCUUCUUCGAGAUAUGUGCAAUGCGGGAAAAGCAACAGAAGCAAAUAAACUGAGGCUUCUGGGUUCGAGCAAGGGUUUGGAUCCAGAUGGCAUGACCUACAACAUUUUGGUUUAUGGAUAUUCAAGGGAAGGUAGAAGGAAGGAGGGGCAAACUUUGGUGGAUGAGAUGUUGGAUAGGGGAUUUAUACCUGAUAUUGCUACCUAUAAUAGGUUGGUCAAUGGACUUUCAAAGGGAAAAAGUACUCUUCGAUGAGAAUGCAAUGUAAUUUGUGGGGGAAAUUAUUGGCGUUUAAAGUUUUGGUUGCACUCCUUUCAGUGGAGUGCAAUUUGUUCACCCUCCUUAAAAGAGGGUGAACAUUACCCUCCUUCUUAUUAGUUGAAAUGGUAUGGAUCCUACCACAACAAAGUGAUGUCAUGCUUACCAUGCAAUACACUUUUUGGUAAGCAUGACAUCACUUUGUGUGGGAUCCACACCAUUUCAACCAAUGGGAAGGAGGGUGAUGUUCACCCUCUGGAGGGUGAACAAAACUCAACUCCUUUCGGUGUCCAUUGCCAACAUAUGUUUAGUGGGUAGCGUAACUUAUAUGUGGCGUGAGAAGGUACAUCCCUGGUGAAGGUGUAGAGUACAUCAAAGAGAAGGCAAUGCAUGCAAACAAAAAGGGAAAUAUAUUAUUCCUUGUCCCUUUUUUGUGGACUGUGACCUGAUUGGGAGAUGAUCAAUCAGUUCUGCUUGAACAUGACAACAAGGCUUCUCUCAAUACAGCUGCGGUUCCACCACGACAUGCUAUGUUUAUUCUCUCUGUAUUUAUGGAAAUUUUGGUAUGUAGGAGGGUGAGACUAUGUUUAUGUUCUAUGCCCAGCCCACCUAAAGAAAUGUUUUAUGGUGAUGCAUGAAUUGUUACGUAUCUCAACACUCAGUUACAUGCCCAACCCACCUAAAGAAAUGUUUUAUGGUGAUGCAUGAAUUAAUACGUAUCUCAACACUCAGUUACAUUCUUGGAAACAAACUUAUUUGUGUUGUAUUCUUGAAUAUGUAACGAAAGGAAGCGAAACUUUGACAAUUCAGCAAGUUCUAUCUUGCCCAAUAUUCAUGCAAGCAUCUUCUAGGAAAAUACGGGACACAUCCGUAGUUAUGAGUGUGUGCUUUGUGCUGUACAAGACGAUUGAGGCAAAGAAAAUCAAAGAGAAAGCAAUGCGGAAAUCAUUCCUAGCCCUUCUGAUCAUCUUACAGAGAAUGGUGCAAUUGUGGACUCACUGGACUGUGUUGGGAGAUGACCAAUCAAUUCUCCUUGCACAUAACAAAGGAGUUGUCUCUGGAGUUAUCUCGGUGAAGCUGCAGACUGGGGGGGGUUUCACAAUAGACCAAAUUCAGGUACUCCAUUUCCAAGUACCUUCAAUUUCUGCAGCUCCAGCGUAACAGGGAUAUCUGCAAGAGAACACCCAUUGGAAGGGUAGAAAUGUCUGUAUGCUGGUAAGAACUUGUUUGUGUCAGACUACAAAGGCCUGGAGGUGUGAUUGGAGUGUCUGGGAGACUGGGAAUUCUGACUGUGACGCUGGGAUUUCAUGGAUGUUUGCCUGUAUAUUUUGCCUUAAAUUUGAUAAAAUGAAUAGAGGUUGAGAUA